AUAGUGCGGUCGAACGGGGAAUAUACCAACUCCUCCGUUGCUGUUUAUAACUAUUCCAGUGUGCGAAUAUCUAUCGUCUACCUCCUGUAAAUACUAAAAUACUGUUCACACUAACAUAUUAUUAUCGCCCUCCACUACCAUGAGCCAACAGAAGGUCGUUGUCAUUCUAUUAUUGAAUGUAUAUUUGACAUCAUUCGUCUAUGCUCAAUAUGGCAGUAAUUUUGGCAAUAGCAAUCCCGGAUACGGUGGUACAGGUACCAGUGUAUCAUCAGAAGAUUAUGGACACAAAGGCCAAAAUCCCGUCAGAGGACCUGUUGAAUCAGAUGGAAAUUCAGAGCCCGAGCCGUUCAACUUUGCUUACCAAGUAAAAGACGCACCCACCAAUACACACUUCACGCACGAAGCCAACAGUGAUGGCAAACGAGUGACCGGAUCGUACAGCGUACUUCUUCCGGACGGUCGUAAUCAAGUAGUGACAUAUGUGGCCGACGAAAAUGGUUACAACGCCAAGAUCAGCUAUGAAGGAGAAGCUAAACCACAACCACGUCAACCAGGCGUCCAAGGAGGUUAUUUGACAGCACCGGGUUUCCCUGCUACUGCUCCUAAAUAUCCUCCUCCUGCAUAUGGUUCUGCUCCUAGUCCCGAUAGUUAUCCCGGAUCUGCUUAUUCUGCUCCCGUCUCUGGUUAUUCUGCUCCCGUCUCUGGUUAUUCUGCAGGUUCCUACGGUGGAUCUCCCCCGGUACCAAGCUAUCUCGUCCAGGUUCCGACUUUCAAAAACGGUGUUCAGGGAUCUUCUCGACCCAAAAUCGGGGAUUUCGAUUAAUAACGUUUGUUUAAUUGUUUAAUUUUAAUAUUUUAAGUGAUUUUUUGCCCUGUACUUAUGUAUUCAAAAACAGUCAAAAUAAAGUAUAAAGUGGUCACCGAAUAUUAUAACGAAUAAAUAUUUAAUAUUUCGUAGAACAAAAUCUUCAUAAAUGCAUAGGUACCGUAUUUCGACUAAUAAUAGUUUCAAUUUAAAUUAUCUUAUAACUAUGUAAUAAAAAAAUUUUUUUUAUAAAAUACAUGUUAUACUGUUAUUAUAGUAA